AUGUCGGCUGAACUAUUAAACUUGUCUCGGGAGAAAAAACGCGCGUUCCGUGCCGGCAAAUUUCCGGAAGACAUCAUCACGAAAGACAUGAUUCGAGAAGUGACAUGCACUAUAGACUGUUGCCCAGGAACUCCGAAUUACAAAGAAUUUAAAGUUACCGAAGGAAUGUUGUUCACUCGUGUGCCCCUGUCAAUGUCCCCUCCUAUUGAGUACUGUGAUCAUCUACUGAAAAUAAACGGAAAGUCGGUGACAAAAAAGAGAGAGAUGCAAGAAGAAUUGUAUAAGCUGGCGAAGACAAACAAACCACAUUAUCUGACUCUCACAGUUCGUCGUAUAAUUAGUGUUGAGAGACUGAAUCCUCGAGACGUUCCAAGCAACGCCUCCAUCAAAAAACCCGAUUCAAAAGAUAUGAACCAAAAACCAAACAGUGGAUACGUCUACUUCAAAGUCGUGCUUAUCUACUUUCCACGUAGUAAACUGGGUAUCAAUGUGAAGUCGUAUGCCAACGUGGUCUACGUGGAGUCUACUGACAACUCCUGGGGCUCAACUACUCGUCGCUUUCUCUAUCUUGGAGAUUCUAUUCUGAAAAUUGAUGACACAGAGAUCUACGAUGUUCAAGCUACUCAAAACGCCAUAAGAAGCGGUUUUCAGAAAAAUGGAAUUAUAACCAUGAUUAUUGAAAGAGCAAAGGGCCAGACUGCUUGUAAUUUUACACAUGGCGUUUUAAAAUUUGCAAAGCCAUUGGAUCCACGUAUGCCACAGGAUGCAUUGUUGAAAUGCAGAGAACAACUGGCUCACUACGAAAAGAAUGGAUUCUCCGAACCAGAUCCAAUUUUCAAAGGACACACUAAAGAUUAUAGUACUGCUUCUCGCGCCGUUGUGACGGAAACUGUUGAAAUGAAACAAAUUCUUCAAGAACAUUAUGAUCCGGAAAUCCUGAAAUCUGUCUCAACCAUGUAUGAUUUUGAUUUAAAAUGA